UCACCAUUUUUUAUUCCACAACAAUAGUAGUAAAAAACAUUACCUUAUAUUUUCUUGUGUGAGUGAAAAAAUGGCAAGUAAUUGGUACAUAGUGUUAGCGUUUGCACUUGUAGUACUUGUCCAUGUUGUUACUGCAAGAAACAUUCCUCAGGCUCAGACGGAGGGUGUAACGGUAAACACGGAGAUUAUAAGUAAAGCUCCAACGCCUAGCAAAGGCCUUGAUGACAAAAAGAAUUUCAUUUCAUUUGGUGGAGUUGGUGGUUGGGCAGGAAUUGGUGGUGGUUUUGGUGGUGUGUUACCUACUUUUGGUGGCAUUGGUGGCGCUGGUGGGAUAGGCGGUGCUAGUGGUAUCGGAGGGCUAGGUGGUCUUGGUGGCGGUGUUGGAGGACUUGGUGGUGGUGGUGGUGGUGGUCUAGGUGUUGGUGGUGGAGUUGGUGGUAUUGGUGGCAUUGGUGGUAUCAAACCCUAGGAGCAUUUUAAUUUGUUUGUGUAAUUUUGUCUAAUGAAACUUUAUUUUAGUAUUGCAUGCAUAUCUAAUUAUUAUCCUAAGUUUGUAUUUUUGAAGUUUUCAUGUAUUAUUAGGUAGUAUUUUCCUAAGUUUAUUAGGAUAUGAUACUACUUGUUUAGGUUCAAUUUUCAAGUAAUUGGAAGUCAUGUUGGUUUGACUUGUUUCUAAGUUAUCAUCUACUAUAUGUUUCUAGCUGAAAA